GUGAAAAAUCGGAAAAGGCCGACAUCAGGACUCGGAAUUCCAUAACAAUCUAGUUGUUUAGGCCAUAUUACAUACUGUUUUUCUGAUCAGGAGGCUGUCAAUUUUAGUUUUGGUUACUUACUUUGAAAUAUCGCAAAUACGGAUACUACGAAAAUUCUGUUGAACUCAUCUAAAGGUUGAUUUGGGUUCAACACUUGAAGUGCCAACGAGACAAUGUCCGAGCAAACAACGGAAACAUCCGAAAGUGCAGAAAUAAUGAACGGAAAAAAUGUUGUUACCGGAAAGUGCCCUAGCUUAGCUAGCAGAUUUCGUGGAUGUAUGCUUGGCUCCUUGAUAGGUGACUGCCUUGGUCAACCAUUUGAGGGGGAGGAGAGACCGAUCUCAAAAUCAGUUUUGAAUUCAUAUUUUGAAAAACUACACGAUUCCAACUUAAAAGCACCUUAUAAAGCCUAUACUGAUGACACAGCUAUGACAUUUUCUGUUGCUCAAUCUUUGAUCAACAAGAACAGAUUUGAUCCUCAAGACAUGGCUAAAAAGUUUGUUGAUGAAUUUUAUGCUCAUCCACGAAGAGGAUAUGCAAGCAGCAUGACAGAUGUUUUUAAAGCUCUCAAACGAGAUGACUGCAAGGACCCAUAUGGCCCUGGACGACUUCUCUAUGCUGGGCGCGGUUCAUAUGGGAAUGGAUCAGCCAUGAGAAUUGCACCUAUAGCUCUCUUUUGCCAUUCUAAUGCCGAAGAAGCCAUGCAUAUAGCAUACAAGUCAUCUUUGAUUACCCAUGCAAAUGAACUAGGAUACAAUGGUGCCAUACUCCAGUGCCUAGCCAUUCAAAAAGCUUUGCACACUGACAGCUCUGUUCCAUUAGAUGUGGACCAAUUUUCUCUCUAUCUACAAGAGAAAAUGGCCACAAUAGAAAAAAAUGAGGAUCAGCCUAGCAUGCUGAAUUCAUUUCUUCAUAACAGUAGUCAGCCUCGGCGAACGACUAUCAACAUGACAAAAAGCUCCUAUGUUCGUAAGCUGCAAGAAAUGCGUCACUUGCUGAAGAACCCUACAGUCAGUGCAGAAAAAGUUGUUGACGUUCUUGGUCAUUUCGUGUCAGCCUAUGGUUCAGUCUGCACUGCUAUUUACAGCUUCCUCCGCUCAGCCAAAGAUGAUUCAGCAAGUGUUGGUGGAUCCAGCGAAAGUCCUGUACAGAGAGCCAUUCGUUACGCCAUCAGCUUGGGUGGCGAUACAGACACUAUUGCAAACAUGACAGGUGCACUUGCUGGUGCCUAUUACGGACACGAGGCUGUUCCACCAGUCCUUCUUGCCCACUGUGAAGCCGAAGGGGUUGAGCAAGCGAUCGAAUUGGCCGACUGUCUUUAUCAAGCGGUGGAGAAAUAGCUCAAUGACUUAAAACUAAUUCAAACUCAACAGAAAAUAGGGUAAACAUUUGUGUAAUACCGACGUGGCUGGUAACCUACUUCAAUGCUGAUCACCAUAAACCCACUGGUCGAAGGAUUCUUUGUUUCCAACAAAUAAUUGUACAAAUACACGUAUGGUUUCCCUCUCCCCAA